UAAAAAAAAAAAAAGAAAAAAGAAACUGAGAAGCUUUGAGUUCUGAACCUCUAUUUCAUUUCAAUGGAUUCAAAGAGGAAAUUAUCAGAAGAGAAAGACAUAUAUCAAAACAUUGAUGGCAAAAGGAAAAAAUUGGUGACACUAGAGAAUCAAGAAGCUGGUGGAACUAGUAACCAUGGAUUAGUGGAUGUACCAAUCAUGUAUCUGACUUCUGAAAAAGACACAAUAGGAAGCUCAUUUACACAUCUCAUGAUUGGUGGUAGUAGCAGUGGUGGUAACACUGGUCAAGGAGACACCAAUAUCUUUUUAGAUGGAAAUGAACUGGUCGAAACUGAAAUCUUCGACCUGAAUGAAACUGUGUGGCCAAAAGAUAAACCAGUUUCAGACACAUUUGAGACAAGUGGAGAAAUACCAAAAAAUUGUGAGCAUUCUUGGAUAUGGAAGCAAGGUUCUGGUCAUGUUUGUUGGAUAUGUGGUAUCAUUGACGAGGAUCAUCCGUUGCCACCCGGAUUCGGAUCGAAUAACUGCAAAGAUAUCAGUCUGAGAGUUCCUAAAGAUGGCUUUUUAGGAAGUGGCAUUUUCCCUCAUCCUUCGCAUAGAAGUAGUAUGAGUUCUCAUCACAUUGAGAUACUUAACUUCCUAUGCAAGAAUUUGGGAGUCGAAGACUCCAACGGAUGCAUUGUAGCUCAAGCUCCAAUAUCCGAAAAGACGUUCUUGAUGAUCAAUUUCGUAUAUGGUUACCUUAAAAAGUAUCCAAAUAGUAAACCUCUCUUUGUCCUUCCAAAAGGGAUGGUUAACUUUUGGAAACAAGAGCUUGUUGAAUUAAAGGUCGAUGGUGUUUUGUUUCUUGAUUUCUACUCGGCCAAUGCUACUACCCGGUCUCAACAGUCAGAAGUGUUACAACAAUGGGUUUUGAACCGUGGGAUACUCUUCUUAGGCGCUAAGCAAUUCGCCAGCAUAGUUGAUGACAACAGUAGUACAGAAGCUGCAUUGUUUUGUAAAGAUACUCUCAUAAAGACUCCUUCACUGGUUAUCUUUGAUAAAGGAACCGAUCCGAGGAACGAGAUGAUGAGGUUUCUGAAGUCUAUUGCGCGUAUCAAGACUCCUAACAAGAUUUUACUCAUUGGGACAUUAUAUCAAAACAAGAUGAAGGAGGUUUUUAAUGUUCUUGAUGUUGCAUUCCCUGAGUUUCUAAAGCACAACCAAGCUGAGGGGAAAAUCAGAAGAUACUUAAACGUUGAUGCUGCCACUGAUGGACUUUCAUUGGAUUUGAAGAUGCCCUUGUUUGAUGAACUGGAAGAUGCUUUACUUCAUCAAGAUACUGAUCACGGUGACAAGAUUUGUUACUUAACUGAAUUGAGAAUGUUGACAAACAAGGUUAUCUACAAUCAUCAAGGAGAGUUUCGUCUUGAAGUUCCGGGAAUGAUGGAUUUUACGGUGGUCUUAAAGCCGACAUCAAGCCAAAAGUUGGCAUGGGAUAUUGAAAGAAACAUCAAAAGGAAGGGGUUCAAAACACACUCUAUCUUGACUGGAAUCACGCUUCACCCGGUUCUAUCUACUUUCUCGGACCGGGUAAGGGGUCUUCCCGCUCCAAAUGUGGAUCAGAUAGAUGAUAUUAUCAAAGACAUUGACGGAACUGAGGGAGUAAAAACAAAGUUCUUCUUGGGUUUGGUGAAGUUAUGUGAUCAUACAAAUGAGAAGAUUCUUGUAGUAAGCCAAUAUGUCAUCCCAUUGAUAUUCCUCCAAACACUUGUGGCCAAGAUUAAAGGUUGGAAAGAUGGCAAAGAAACUUUCAUGAUUAAAGGUGAUACCAGCAACUCUGAUCGAGAAGUCUCAAUUAAUCAAUUCAACAACUCGCACGAGGCGAGAAUCUUCUUUGCAUCAAUCAAAGCAUGUAAUGAGCAGAUCAAUCUCACCGGUGCAACAAGGAUUUUAAUGCUUGACAUUAUCGCUAACCCUUGUAUGGCUAGACAAGCCAUAGAGAUGGCUUAUCAUCCAGGACAGCAAAACAAAGUUUACUCAUAUAGGCUAGUGGCUGCUGAUACAUCAGAAGAAGAUGAAGAUAUAAUGGCGGCUCGAAAGGAGAUCAUUUCUGGAAUAUGGUUUGAUGGGAAGACAUAUCCUGUCGAUGGACAGUUUUGUAUUCCGAACAUUGAUGGAAACUACAGUGAUGACUACUUUCUUGGAGCUUCUUAUAUGAAGGAAGACAUCAAAACCAUAUACAAAAGGUAAAAUAAGAGCUUCAUGGUUAAAGUGAAGCCAGUCAAGAAUGGCUCUCUUUUAUGUUUAUGUAAUUUUAUUUUGUUUCGGAAAUAGACAAAGUGUUGUAUAAUUGGUUUUUCUUUUAUCAAUCUUUUUUUGUAUUAUAUAUGAAUGACUUAAUUAAUCGUUUUGGAUUGUUGAUUUUUA